AUGUAAUAAGCUCCUCCAGUUUAAUUUGAAAAGUGCCCAAAACAUCCACAAAAUGAUAUUGUGUUAUUUUGUUUAUCGAUUGAAUGUAAAGAGGUAUAUAUCCUAUAUAAUUUAUUAUUCUAGCCACUUUGUAAAGAUUGCUGCAAAUUACAUGUUCAUUGGCACAAUCAACAAGGUACUUAAGCUAAUUUAGAUACAGUUGAUAAUGUAAGAUAAUUAUUGUUAACAGAUGUACAUGAAUUGAAACUUAGAUUUGAAGAGUAAAAAUAUAUAUUUUUAUUUUUAGAGAAAGAAAUAUUCUUCAUCAUUUUAGUGAUAGUGAAUAAUCUGAAGCAGUAAAAUAGAUACAAAAUAAAUUAUAAAAAGUCAAAUAAACUCUUCUUGCUGCUGUUCAUGAUUACUGUCAUUAAUUGGAAGAAUAAGUUAAAUAGCGUAUCUAAUUACAUAGAGUAAUUAAUAUUUAAUCUUAUCUUAGUAAUCUCAUCCUGGAGAAAAGAAAGAUCUUCAUCAUAAAUUGAAUUCUAUCAUCAAUAAUUUAGAUUAAUAAGAAAAAUUGUUGUUAUAACCAAAAUAUAUCAAAGGAUGUUUAAUGGUUAUGAGUGAAGAGUAAAAUCAUGAUUUUGAAUAACUUUCAUUUGAUGUUGAUAAUGCCCUUAAACAUUAUCUUUCCAAUGCUUUUGAUUUGGUCAUUUCUGAAGAUAAAUUAGCUAGAAUUGUUCAAUCCUUUCAUGAAUAUGUUGAAAUUAGAGAAGCUAAUCUUAAAGAAGAAUUAGAUAUUUAUACUUAAAAAAUUAGAGAAAAUAAGAGAAAUCCUCAUGAACCUCUAAAUAAAUAAUUUAAUUCAACUUCAUAAAAAUAAUUCUAACCAAAAGAAUCUAAAUUAAUGCAAUCCAUUUAUGAUGACAAAUUUAGACCAACCUUCUAGCCAAGUUAAUCACAAUACAGGCCAAGCUUCAAUGAAAAUAAAUCUGAUUAAAUCAUGUCUAAGUUUUAUCAUUGAUUAAAUACUAAUUUUUAUUACAG